AUACUAAAAAGCCAAAGUAGUAGUGUUUCUUAAGCUCGAUCUCUGUCUUACCUGAUCUGUGGUGGGGUGUAAGUCUUUUACGUUUGUGGUGUUCAAUUAAGUCUUGUUACUAUAGAAUUUUACAACCUUAAAGUAGUCUAAACUAACUGUGGUCAUAUUAAUUACAUAAUAAUUAUAUAUAUUUAUAAUAAUAACACUUGAAACAUUGAAAGUUAAUUAAAAAGAUCAAUGGAAGAAGCAGAUAAGCUGGAGGAGGAGGUAACAGGAGGAGGAAGUGGCGGAGUUGUUGUGAAUGGAUUCUCGCAAGUGUCUUCUACUCCUGUUUUAUGGAAGUCUCGUAGGAGAUCAUCAUCAUCUACAGCUAGAGUGAAGAACUUAGACAAGGGUGUUGCAGAAGAUGCUGACAAUACAACCGAGAACAAGGAAGAAGAAAAUUACACUGAUGAAAAAAUGGAAGACACAACUCCGACCACUGUUCUUUCUGAGAAACGUAAGGCUCUCUUUGAACCUCUUGAACCAAUAAUGGAUUUGAAUGGUAGAAGACCUUCAGCUGAAUCUUUGCUCCCCCCACCGGACUUUGACAUUGCCAGUUACCCACGAGGAUGGCUCAUUGGGAAGAAAAGGAAACUUGUAAAUGUGGAUGUUGUUGAAAGCAUGCGCAGGAUUGCUGUACAAGAAAUGAACAGGAAGGACAGAGAGAUUGGUGGUCUAAACGAACAGUUAGAAGAGGACUCACGUGUCCUUGAGCAUCUCCAACUGCAGCUACUGGAUGAACGUAGCAAGCGUGCAGAUGUUGAGAGACAGAAUAAAAUGCUGCAAAACCAAGUUGAUAUGCUUAUGAACAUGCUUCAGGAAUCUGAGAACAUGGACGACGAGGAAGCCCCACAAGAUCCUUAAAGUUCUCUCCGUUUAUUUAUUUUGAUCAUGUUUGGCGUGUAGAAUAAUAGAAAUAUAUCGAAUUAUCUAUCAUUCAGUAUUUUCUGCUGUUUCGGUUAGUAGUAGCAAAUGGAAAAACAUACCAGCCUCAAAUGUAUCAUAAUUAUACAUUAGUAUGAUUUAUUUAUUUUUUUGCCA